GCCCCGCCCCGUAAGCCAAUGGGCCGGCGGCAGGACAGCGACGGACAGCAGUCUCCGGUGGGUGCCGACGUGUGCUUCUGAUGGCUGGUCCGGGCUGGGGGGUCGCCGCUCGGCUGCUGUUGUGCACGGUGGGCAUCGCUCUGUCGGUGUACGCUUACCAUGUGGAGACCUCUAAGGAGAGGGACGCCGGCUACACGGCGCUGUGCGACAUCAACCCCUCCAUCAGCUGCUCCAAGGUCUUCACAUCCAGGUGGGGCCGCGGCUUUGGAUUGGUGGAGAAGCUCCUGGGGCCCCAGAGUUUGAUGAAUCAGCCGAACAGCGUGUUUGGGAUCCUGUUUUAUGUCCUGCAGAUCGUGUUGGGAUUCUCGUCGUCGGUGGCUGCGGCCGUCACGCUGCUGGUGACCUCGUUGGUGUCCAUCGCCGGCUCCCUCUAUCUCGCCUACAUCCUGUUCUACGUGUUGGAGGAUUUCUGCGUGAUCUGCGUCACCACGUAUGUCCUGAACGCCGCUCUCCUCCUGCUCAACGGCAAGCGCCUCGCCGGCCUCGGACCGGGGCCCCGGAGGCCCAAAAGCAAGCGCAAGAGGAAUUAGGCGUCGGGCGGGGGCCCCGUUCUCCCGGCACGGAUUGGUUAAUAAUGGCGUCCCGCGGCGUCUCAUUGGCUCUCGGCAGAAACAGGAAAUCCGGGAAAUCUUUUAUUUUAAAUAUUUUUUUACUUUUGGGGUCAUUUCGAGGGAAACGAGCGGCUUUUAGAAUUAUUUAAUGAGCUGCCGCGGUCUCUUUACGAGACGGGAGAUGCAGAGCGCAUGUCUCGGUACCCAGCCGGCCCCCGGGGGCCUCUCUCUCUGCUUUUGGUUGAUGCUGCUUUCUGGGUUAUUCCAUUUUUAUGUCGUUUUUCUGAAAAUGUCUCUUUUGAUACUUUUAUUAAAAUCGCCUUUUCCACGAA